AUGGCACCAAUUGCACUUACCCCGCCCAGGUCUCCCGACCUCAACAUCCCACUCGACUGCGAGGAGUUUCCGUAUGAAAAGCAACCACGGAAAGUGACGCCAGAGUACCUCGUCCAGAAGACGAUGCAUGAGCGCAUCCAGAGUAUAGACUGUGCGAGCUGCGCACCGGGAGAAGAUGAUGCUUUCUUCGUCGCAGACUUGGGAGAGGUGUAUCGGCUUCAUGCCGAAUGGAAGCGUCGCCUGGGCCGCGUGACGCCCUUCUUUGCGACGAAAUCAAACCCGGAUCCGUACGUGCUGAGAUUGUUGGCAGCCUUGGGCACAGGAUUCGACUGCGCCUCGAUUGGAGAGAUUCAGACGAUCCUGAACAUGGGCAUCGACCCGUCUCGCAUCAUCUUCGCCCACACCUGCAAGGUCAUGUCUGGCAUCAAAUUCGCACGCGACAUGGGGGUCCACCAGAUGACGUUCGACAAUGCCGACGAGCUCUACAAGAUCAAGCGCGUGUUCCCCGAAGCACAGCUCUACCUCCGGAUUGUGGCAUGCGACCCUUCGGCUCUCUCACAGCUCAGCGUCAAGUUCGGAGCACGGAUGGAAGCGGCCGAGAAGCUUCUCAGACUGGCCAAAGACUUGGAUCUCGAGGUGGUCGGCGUGUCGUUUCACGUUGGCAGUGGCGGAAAGGAUCCCAGUGCGUUCAUGAGAGCGGUUCGCGACGCUCGGACGGUGUUCGACAAGGCGACGAGCAUGGGUUUCCUGAUGCACACCCUGGACAUCGGAGGCGGAUUCAGCAGUGGGCCUCUUUUCGCGCAGACUGCUGACCAGGUCAACCAAGCAUUGGACGCAUACUUCCCGUCUGGAGUGCGGAUCAUUGCCGAACCAGGCCGUUACAUGGUCAACAGCGCGUUCACUGCGGCGGCAAGCGUCAUGUCGCGGAGGAGUUCGGAGCGACUGGCGGAAGACUCGAAUAACCUGAACACAACGAUGCUGUACAUCAACGACGGCGUCUAUGGCAACUACUUCACGUCGAUCUGCGAAGUCCCGCCCGAGCCCAGGGUCUUCAGGCGUGCGGGACGCACUAUCGUCGAUGAUCCGGAGCUCGAGUCGGCGGAUAUGAGCGAGUACAGCAUUUGGGGCAACACAUGCGACAGCUUCGACUGUGUCAAUCCGUCGUGCAGCUUGCCGGGUGAAGUCGAGGUCGGCGAUUGGCUAUACUAUCGCAACAUGGGAGCAUAUACCAGGUGUAGCACAACAACGUUCAACGGCUACACGGGAUCGCAUGACGUGAUCUACGUCUGCUCCGAGCCAGAGGCAGCUGCUCUGCUCGGCGGAAACUGGAACUAA